ACUCCUGAUUAUUUUAGAAUAGCUCAUCGUGGUGCAAAGAUAGCUGUUUCUCACCCCAGGUUAGUUUGAGUACGAAUUCGGUGUUCUCUUUCAUCAUGUCACAUUACGAAGAAGUAAAGGUCCAUGGUUAUGAUGAAUUCUGCAAAGCAGUGUCUGAAAGGAAGGGAAAGGACAUAUUCGCAUAUUUUUCUGGUAAUAAAGACGACCAGGGAAUGAGCUGGUGUCCAGAUUGUGUAAAAGCUGAGCCAAUUGUUAGAGGAGAAAUGUCUCACCUUCCUGAGGGCUCUGUCUUCAUCUACUGUCAGGUUGGAGAGAGGCCCUAUUGGAAGGAUCCCAAUAAUGAGUUCAAAAAGACUCUGAAGCUCAGUGGAGUUCCCACCCUGAUCCGAUAUGGCACGCCUCAGAAACUGGUUGAGGAGGAGUGUUUCAAAGCAGACUUGGUGAGGAUGAUGUUCACAGAGGACUAGACACCAAAUGGGGACUACACUCGCUCUGCACUCGGUCAUCUUCAGUUUCCCACUGUCCUGUCUCUGUCCUAGUUUGAGCCUUUUACUACACUAAAAUACCUAUAAAUUAUUGCUGCUUUGUAAUUCAGAUAGACCUCUUUGUUUCACUGCAAGGAGGUGUUAAUAAAUGAAUGUGUUGCUCUUCCUUCAUGGGAAAAAAAAAUAGAUGCCUUAUUAGAGCUACAGGAAUGCUUUUAUGAUGUGAUGUUUAAUUGAAUAAAUGGAAAUGAGUAAUAAUAACAGCCCAUUUUUGGAAAAUCUGUGGUUUCGAUGUUUGGCAUUAUCUUACUAAAAUAAUAUUGAUGUGUCACAAAGUGUUUUUUCUCCAGCAUUGAUUCUUAUGAAUAAAUUAUUAUUAGCUAUAUGGGAACCAUUUGCAUUACCUGGUAUGUGAUUUUCAUGUAAUUGUGUAGUACUUAGUUCAAUGUAGGGGGAAAUUAUGGUUAUAUGAAUAAAAUAAAUGUGAUUAAUGUCGUGUCUUUAUGGUGCAGUUCACUUCUGGACGCUAGGUGUCUCCUUCAGCCUCUCGAAAUACUUCGGCCUUUUAAUAAACAUUUUGGUUGGUUUGUGAG